CUCUGCGCAGAAACCCCGUAGCACUAGCGCCGCACACAGCGCCAUUCUGCAACACUGACCAAAAUGGCAGGAGCCGAUGGAGAUGACUCUCUUUAUCCUAUCGCUGUUCUCAUUGAUGAACUGCGAAACGAAGAUGUACAGCUCCGACUGAAUAGUAUCAAGAAACUGUCCACUAUUGCUCUUGCCCUUGGUGUAGAGAGGACUCGUACGGAACUCCUUCCCUUCCUCACAGACACAAUCUAUGAUGAAGAUGAGGUGCUUUUGGCAUUGGCAGAGCAGCUUGGUAACUUCACCAUGCUGGUGGGGGGUCCAGAGUAUGUCCACUGUCUAUUGCCUCCUUUGGAAAGCCUAGCAACAGUAGAAGAGACUGUAGUGAGAGACAAAGCAGUGGAUUCCCUGCGGAAGAUCUCCGAGGAACACUCUUCAGUUGAUCUGGAGGUUCACUUUGAGCCUCUGGUCAAGCGCCUGGCCAGUGGGGACUGGUUCACUUCUCGCACAUCUGCCUGUGGCCUAUUUAGUGUUUGUUAUCCCCGCGUCUCCAGCACUGUAAAAGCUGAGAUUCGUCAGCAUUUUCGAACCCUAUGUUCAGAUGAUACACCAAUGGUGCGUCGUGCUGCAGCAUCUAAACUAGGUGAAUUCGCUAAAGUUCUGGAGUUGGAUUAUGUAAAAAGUGACAUAAUUUCACUCUUCACUGCUCUGGCAUCUGAUGAGCAGGACUCUGUUCGGUUGCUUGCAGUGGAGGCUUGUGUCAGCAUUGCCACUCUGCUGCCUCAGGAGGACCUGGAGACUCUGGUAAUGCCAACACUUCGUCAGGCUGCUGAAGACAAGUCCUGGAGGGUUCGUUACAUGGUGGCUGACAAGUUCUCCGAGCUCCAGAAAGCAGUUGGCCCAGAGAUCACAAAGAAUGACCUGGUUCCUGCGUUCCAAAACCUGCUGAAGGAUUGUGAGGCAGAGGUCCGAGCCGCUGCUGCCAACAAAGUCAAAGAAUUCUGUGAGAAUCUUCCAGAAGAUAACAGAGAACAGAUCAUCAUGACUCACAUCUUGCCCUGUGUUAAGGAGCUUGUUUCAGACACAAACCAACAUGUGAAGUCUGCCCUGGCCUCGGUCAUAAUGGGCCUGUCGACCAUACUGGGCAAAGACAACACAAUAGAGCACUUACUGCCACUGUUCCUGGCCCAGCUCAAGGACGAGUGUCCCGAGGUGCGUCUCAACAUCAUUUCUAACCUGGACUGUGUGAAUGAGGUCAUUGGCAUCCGCCAACUCUCCCAGUCUCUGCUGCCCGCCAUUGUGGAGCUGGCAGAAGAUGCCAAGUGGAGGGUUCGCCUUGCUAUCAUAGAGUACAUGCCCUUGUUGGCUGGACAACUGGGAGUAGAAUUCUUUGAUGAAAAACUCAACACUCUUUGCAUGGCCUGGCUCAUUGACCAUGUGUAUGCCAUCCGUGAGGCGGCCACCUGCAACCUCAUGAAACUGGUGGAGAAAUUUGGAGCGGAGUGGGCCCAGAACACCAUCGUCCCCAAAGUCUUAGGAAUGGCCAAUGACCCCAACUACCUGCACAGGAUGACCACUCUGUUCUGCAUCAACGCUCUGUCCGAGGUGUGUGGACAGGAUAUCACCACUAAACACAUGCUGCCCGUGGUGAUGAAGAUGUCUGAUGACCAAGUGGCCAAUGUGCGCUUCAAUGUGGCCAAGUCUCUCCAGAAGAUCGGCCCUGUUCUUGACAGCCAUACGCUUCAGACCCAAGUGAAGCCAGUGCUGGAUAAGCUGUCCACAGACAAAGAUAUGGACGUCAAAUACUUUGCCCAAGAGGCCCUCAGUGUUCUGGCCCUAUCAUAUCCACCUCACCACGAAUAAACCAGACGCCCCCCCCCAUCAACAAACAACGUAAACACUUUUACAAGAUAUUUAUUGAUGUUCAGGAACAACUGGUUAUGUAUAGAGAAAGCUGUUAACAAUUGUUUUAUUCUUUUCUCUUUUUUUUUUUACUGUCCAUGCUAGUCCAUGUUCAGGCCUCUUUGUAAAUCUUCCUUUUCGCUGUAAAUGGCCGCUUUUUCAACUGGCAAAGUGUGAUGAAACUGCAUUAAGUGGUGCAUGCUGACUAAUGUGCUGCUGCUCUGCUAGCUAGGCAUCGCUAAUCGGACCCCUCUCACAUUCCUCCCUUUGACACCCUUGCCACUGUUGUACUUUAGCUGCGGUCUUUGCAGCGUACCGCGUCCAUGUUUGCUAGCUUCUCCCAGCGCUAGACACCAGCUCUGAGCAGCAGAUGGUGCAACAAGCUGUUUUUUGUCAAGCCUUUGAAAUCCUCCUCGAUGCUCUCUUUGGCCAGAAACGCUGCAGUGAAGUUGUCUAGUCUUGGUGAUUGGCCUCUGCCAGACCAAAUUCAUAGUAGUUUAGUUACGUACUCAAAAAGGUUUAUUAUGACUGCAUGCAAUCAGAUCAGCUUUAAUUUGCAUGUUACAAAUUAUAACGGUGUUGGCAUUGUUUUAUGUAUAGAACCCCUUUGGAAUAUUCCUGUAAAGAAACAAAUUCAUUUAUUUAGGCUUUUGUAAUAAAUUGGCCAUUCAAAACAAAAGGCUAGACUAGGCUUUUUUGCGUUUUUUGCCAUUUCUGCUAACUCCUGUGCCAAUGAGUUUGAUAACCUUGCAUUUUCUCUAAAUAUACACCUACCCGUUUCCUGUCCUGUUCAGUAAAUAACCAGACUGUGCCCAUACAAGGGCCACAAGACCUUUGGCAGGCUAUAGUAAACAAUGAUAACAGCUUUAGGGCCCAAAGGCACAACAAAACCUUGCCACUGCUCUAGUCCUUCGCUUACAACCUCACAUUAUUGCCACAUUCUUCUCUGUACGUCGGUGACUGGCCCUUUACAAUGGAGAAUAGUGCAUGACUGUGGGAUGGGCGUGGGCUUGUGUAUGUAAGGAUGCAUAAUAUUUUAUUGUGGGGGUCAGAGUUGAGGCGGUCAGAAGUGGGCUGAGUAAAUGUAUGAUCUGUGUUGAAAAAUGGACUCCUUGUUUCCGUCUGGUCUAAUCGGACUGUUGAUUUUUCUGCACCCUCCCUCAUUUGUAGAGUAAACCUUGAUCGUUGAUUGUCCUCCUGUAUCACAAACUGUGCUUUCAUUUUUAUUUUGAAUUCUCUCCACAGUUGGGAUGCUGUACUACUGUAUCUUGAUCUGAAUAAAGUAACAUAACGGAAAAGACAA